AACUAGUUUUUGCCCACGACUUCAUCUUCGCGGCAUUGAAAAAUCUACUAAUAUAGCCUACGUUACUCAAUAACAAAGUUGCUUUCUAACAGCGAAGGAUUUUUUUGGAAUCGGUCCAAUAAUUUUUGAGUUUUGUUAGUGACGUACAAAAUCUUCCUCCUCCCCAUGACGAGAACAGUAUUAGUGUUGAUGUGCGUUUUGGCGGCAGCACUGGCUGAAACUUACACUGACAAAUAUGACAACGUUAAUCUUCAGGAAAUCGCAGAUAACGAAAGACUGCUACAGGCGUACGUUAACUGCUUACUUGAAAAGGCGAAAUGUAGUCCAGAGGGAAAAGAACUUAAAGCUCAUAUGAAGGAUGCUAUCGAAUCCGGUUGUGCCAAAUGCACAGACACCCAGAAAAAAGGUACCAACUUUAUGAUUAACCACCUGAUUCUGAAGAAACCGGAAAUUUGGAACCUACUCGCCGACAAAUUCGAUCCCACAGGCAAAUGGAGAAAGGUUUACGAGGAACGCGCAAGGGAAAAUGGAAUCGUCAUCCCGCAUUAAAUGUAAUUUAAACUCGACGUAAAAAUUACAAAACAGCUUUCUCAA